GGGAAAUUCAAACUUUCCCAAUAUUUAUCAAGAUUCCACAAAGCCCACUGUCUCUUUCGUAUAUUCUAUUCAAACGAGCAUUUACUCACUUCUUACAUCUAUCAAAGUGUCUACACUACUCCAUUUUCGGUAUCGAUCUUUAUCUCCAAUUCGCAGCAUGUCUCUCAAACGCAAAGCAACUACCAAUCCUACCAACGACGCCAAAAAACCCAAAGCAAACGGAUCAAUUACCUCGUUCUUCGGCCCACCAAAAACCGUUUCUUCAACUAACAAAGGAGAUUCCACGGCACCAGCGCCAGCUGCGUUCAAAUUCAAUAAGGAGAAAUGGGUGGCUACAUUAACAGAAGAACAGAAAGAUUUGUUGAAAUUAGAGAUUGAAACUCUACAUGAGAGCUGGUUGGCGGUGUUGAAAGAUGAGAUUGUGGGAAAAGAGUUUUUGGAAUUGAAGAAGUUUUUGAAGAAGGAAUUGGAGGGAAAGGAUAAGAUAUUUCCACCGAUGGAGGAUGUUUACUCUUGGUCAAGGCAUACACCUUUCAACACCGUCAAAGCUGUAAUUAUUGGCCAAGAUCCAUACCAUAACUUUAAUCAAGCUCAUGGCCUCUGUUUCUCCGUCCGCGCUCCUACACCCGCUCCACCUUCACUCAAAAACAUAUUUAAAGCCCUGGUGAAAGAUUAUCCAGACUUCAAACCUCCUCCAAACAAUGGUGGCCUCCUUACUCCCUGGGCAGAUCGUGGUGUCCUUCUCAUCAACACAUGUCUCACAGUCCGAGCUCACCAAGCCAAUUCCCAUGCAAACCAUGGCUGGGAGAGAUUUACUCAAAAAGUUAUAGAUACAGUUGCUCUUAAGAGAAAUAAAGGAGUAGUGUUUUUGGCGUGGGGAAGUCCUGCCGGAAAAAGAGUUGCGAAGGUGGAUAGAAAGAAACAUUGUGUUCUGAUGAGUGUACAUCCUAGUCCCUUGAGUGCGAGUAGGGGAUGGUUUGAUUGUGGACAUUUCAAGAAGACGAAUGAGUGGUUAACUGAGCAUCAUGGUGAAGAUGCAGUUAUUGAUUGGAGUUUGGAUAUUCCUGCUGCUGAAGCGGGUGUCUGAGGUGAUGAAACGUUUUGUGGAAGAUGAUCCUUAAAGGGAAAUUUGCUAGCGAUUUCGGCUGUUGAUAAGCUCUCGUCUUUAAAGUAGGAUUGUACGAAGGAGUUGGAUUUGAGCA